AUGUUUCCCUCUACAUCCUCCAAGCCUUCUCUGGCAACAGUGAAUUCUUCAUUUUUUCCUCCUCCUUUUCUUCUCUUUUUCUCUUUCUUCCUCUUCCUCCUCUUCCUUUUCUCCCUCCUCCUUUUCUUCUCUUCUGCUUCUUUCUCCUCUUUUUCUCUUUCUCCCUCCUCCUUUUCUUCUCUUCUGCUUCUUUCUCCUCUUUUUCUCUUUCUUCCUCUUCCUCCUCCUCCUUUUCUUCCCUUCUGCUUCUUUCUCCUCUUUCUUCCUCUUCCUCCUCUUCCUUUUCUCUUUCUUUCUCUCUUUCUUCCUCUUCCUCUGCUUCUUUCUCCUCUUUUUCUUUCUUCCUCUUCCUCCUCUUCCUUUUCUCCUUCUUCCUUUUCUCCUCCUCAUUUUCUUUCUCCUCCUCCUCUUCUCCUUCCUUUUCCUCCUCUCACUUUUUCCCCCUUCUCCUUCCUUUUCUUCCUCCUUUUCUUCUUCUUCUUUCUUUUUUCUUCUUGUUCCUCAUCACCACCACCACCAUUUACCAAGUCUGUCAUCUAA